UUCAUUUUUUUUUCAAAUAUCAUAUUAACACAUCAGAAGGAUUAUGGCUUCCUCUGUCGUCUGAAAAACGAUCCUGAAAAGUAUGGGUUAUCAUCAAAAACAGCAAAACCUCUCCAAAACCCUUCAACAAGACCUCCUCCCUCUUGUUCUUGUCCUUCGCUCUCCUUCUGUUCCUCCUUUCUUCUUCUUCAAAUCCCAAUUACAAGCACAUUUCAAUCUCCUUGACCCACUCGACUCAUCCGAGCCAACCCACUCUUUCCUCCCCCGUCAUGCUUCCUCCGUGCUUGCCCUUCUCUGCGUGGGCAGCACCACCGUCUCCUCGGAAACCCUUUCCCUUCUUCCUUCUGUGAAGCUUGUUGUGGCCUCAAGUGCUGGAAUUGACCACAUCGACUUACAAGAGUGCCACCGCCGAGGCAUUGCCGUCACCAGUGCAGGUCAAGUCUUCUCAGAGGAUGUUGCUGACUUUGCUGUCGGGCUUCUCAUCGAUGUUCUCCGGCGAGUGUCAGCCAGUGAUGGGUAUGUUCGGUCCGGAUUUUGGGUCGCAAAGGGACCAUAUCCGCUUGGUCUCAAGUUGGGUGGAAAGCGAGUUGGAAUUCUGGGGCUUGGAAGAAUUGGGUCCGAAGUUGCCAAAAGGCUGGUAGCUUUUGGCUGCAACAUUGCCUACUGCUCAAGGAAGGAGAAGCCAUUUGUCCCAUACCCUUACUAUUCCACAGUCGUUGACCUUGCAACAAACAGUGAUGCUCUCAUUCUUUGCUGUUCAUUGACAAAAGAAACUCGCCACAUAAUCAACAGGAGCGUCAUGGAGGCAUUGGGGAAGGAAGGAGUUAUAAUUAACAUUGGAAGGGGGGCUCUGAUCGAUGAGAAGGAAUUGGUGAAGUUUUUGGUGCAAGGACGAAUUGGUGGUGCAGGUCUUGAUGUGCACGAGAACGAGCCCCAUGUACCGCAAGAGCUGUUUGCAAUGGAGAAUGUUGUUUUGACUCCUCAUGCUGCUGUCUACACCCCAUAAUCCUUUGCAGCAUUGCAAGAGCUGGUAGUGGGGAACUAGAAGGCUUUUUUUUCUAAUAAGCCUUUGCUUUCACCUGCUCAACUUGAAUGAAGGGGCUAUCGCUUGUGGUAACUUCCUCAUUUGACAAUCUUUCCGCAGGAUUAGGAUCAUAAUCUUUUGAUGCUUCAUUCGCUUCAAUCGAUUCAGAGUAAUUGUACAUUUUAUUUUAUGAAAUGUAUUAAAAAUUUUGCGAUAAAAAAUAAUGAUAUAUUAAUGCUUUUGUACAUCAUCAGAAUUUUAAA